AUGCCUCUCGUGGUCCCGCUCCUGCGCAUCGUCAUGGUGUUCUUGAACGUGUACGAUUCGUUCAAGACACUCAAGGCGCCCCCGAUUUCGUCUCGCACUGGGGGACGCUCGAGCAUUAGAGGGAAGACGCAGAGAAAACGCGACAUGAAAGGCUGUCUGGCCGUGUGGGUCGUUUGGUGCUGUUUUGUGUCAUACGAACGUUUCCUUGAGCGUGUCGUUAGCCUAUUCAUUCCAUUCUACGACGAGAUGAAAUCGCUGGUAAUGCUAUUCUUAAUAUUGACCCGCGCCAGAGGCGCGGAACCUAUCUACUUGCAUGUCAUACGACCGCUGCUCAAACCCUACACGUCGACGCUCGACAUAUGUCUUGACCUCGUAUGCAUGAUCGGGGACAUGAUAUUCACAGCCUUCAUGAUGCCGAUUCACCUGUGUCUUCCCUACUGGAAUUAUUUCUUCGGCAAUGGCUCCGAGGCGACUGGCGUCCAUGGUGCUGCUUCCACGGCCUCACUGCUGAACCCGGCUACCCACUGCCUUUCCGUUGAAUCCAACGGGCACGCUAGCAAGCAAGCCAAUAAGCUUCGCCCGCCCGCUUCUAAGAAAUCCAGUCGAAGCCUGAUAGUUGCCGACUCAAAACAACCGACGGACCUUCGUCGCUAUCCCGCAUCAGAGAUAACGCGUGCUGGAAAUUCUGUGAGAUCUCAGACUGCCGGCGCAGGUACAUCGAAGAAACCAACUGCCCUACGUCCAAAGAACUCUCGCGUUGCCUCUCAGCCUCAGCCCCAGCCCCGUCCACGAUCCCAGCGGAAAACGAGCGGGUCCGUCUCGGAGCCUCAGCCUGCGGUGUGGCAGCCGUCUGCUGCUUAUCAAGAUUCUGACGAGGAAGUCCGAACAUCAGCGCCGUCUGAUCCCACCGCAACGCCGCAGACGCCUGCUCAUGCGACUACAGUUUCGGGACUACCGGUGACCGCCGAAGAGCAAACUGAGGAAUGGAGGAAAUAUCCUCCAUUGCCCUCUGCCUACCCACCGACCCCUCUUGUGGUCGCUGCCCCCCUCACAGCGGCCACUUCGGACAAGCCGGCUUCCGAUGGUGUUCUCCCGAUCAUAGAAGAGCCCAGCGAAGCAUCUGACAAUGAGGGUCACGUAAAUGAUCAAGAGCCCGCUCUUGAACCGGAGGAAGACAUCAGCAGCGAUGAGGACGACAGUGACCAGGAUUUUGAUGCCACCAUGCGAACGCCAAGAAAGAAUCGGCUAGCAGGCGCUGGCGUGUACAAUGAUGACGCGGGAAUGGCAUCCUCUGCCUCGUCAUCAUCGUCAAGCAUUCAUUCGCGGUCGACGACAUUAGAUACCAUCGACAACGCGUCGUCCUUACGGACAGGCACGACAUCCGAGUCCGAAGCCCUGUCGUUCUCGGAUUCUUCCUCAGGCACGAGAAAUCGUUUGCAUUCAAGAACCACGGCUUUCAAAGCAGGAAAUGGGAACAAGGUCCUCGAGAAGGCCUCAUCGAAGACUUUGAACGGGCGAUCGACGAUUCGUGCCAAAUCUCAAAGCCAAGCUUACAUGGUUAAAAUGUCUCAACAGCAGAUAGUUCGCUCGAUGAGCGUCUCCACCGUUAGCGACGAUGACUCAGAUGCCCCUCCCCUCGGCGAUGAGAAUACGGAAACGAGUUCUCUUGUUGAUACAGCCGUGAAGGCGAAAAGGCGAAAAGUCCUCCCUCUACGGAACCCUCCAUCAGCGAACGGCGCUCGUACGACUCGUGCAGCUGCUAAAGGCCGCGAUGGUAAGAUUGCUGUUGCGAAGGAGAAGGCUCCGACAGAAAGGAUCAAGUCUUCAGGUCCCAAGCCACGAGCAGGCAGGCAGGCAGCUGUUGUUCCCCAGACACGCCCCGUUCAAUCAGCGGGAACGUCUGGAGAGACGGAUGAGCCACAGCCACCAUCGCAACGGACAAUUAGGAGGUGA